AUUCGUAAAAGCAGUUCUAACGGCCCCAACAUUCAAACUAGUAUUCGCGUCGGAUUGUUUGUGGCAGGAAGGUGCGAGCGUUUGUUGAUUUACCAUUUUUACUGCAUUUGACCAGCCUUUUAGGUUGUGGUAGGAGGCAUUGGUUUGAAGCAAGUUUCCUGUGUGAAUAUGGAAGGGGACUCUGUUGAUGCGUACACAUGGGAUGCCCCUUCUCAUGUCAUAGAGUCAAUAGAUGAUUUUGCCCUGGACCCUCAGGAUAAUGCUGACCGGUGGUUUGAGUUGAAGGCAGCUCCUAAAAGUGGCAUUAUGGAACAGCUCACCACCCCUUUACGGACCACAAAGCCAUUUGAUGAAGUCCACAACACCAACAGACUCAAAGCUGUGGUGUCUCCCAUGAUCAAACAAGAUGAGACAACAAGUACAGAUGUCAAAGAAAGCACCUCUACAGAGGUCCCAUCUAACAUAGUCACAUCAUGGGGGAACGGCAGAACUACAGCAGCUCCUAGUCAGGCCCAGACAUCGGUUCCUGCUCAACCACGCAGAGUGUCCAAACGGCCUGUGCCUAGAAAUGAAAAGCCUGCAACACCCCCUCAUGUAAAGAAAAGAAGAGUUGUACCUGCUGCCACAGCAAGGAGAGUUUUUGAUCAGCGGCGAAGAAGCUCAACAUCCAGAACUGUGCGACGCAGUGGUGCUGGUGCAAGGAGCAGUGUCCGGCUGAGAAGCAAGCCAGCAAUUUCCUCUAAGACCUCAGAUACUGCCUCUGCCUCCAACACUACACAACAGAAAAGCACAGAACAGCAAGAGCUGGAACGCAUUGAGGCAUUGCAGAAAGAGGUGGCAGAACAGCGUCGGAAGAACGAGGCCAGCUACAGAGCUGCACUGGCAGGCAGUCAGCCUCCUAAGAAGCAUGUGCUGUCCACCACCAUUCCCAAAGAGUUCCAUUUCUGCUCUGAUAGCAGGCUGAAGAACCACAUGGAUGUAGGCUCUGCAGAAGACAGCUCGUACAAGGAGGUGGACUUCACCUCACAGCUCCGCAAGCACCCAUCUUCCCCUUUGAAGGCUCCAAAGGGAACGACAAUUCCCAAACCCUUCAACCUCUCCAGAGGCAAGAGGAAGCUUGAUGAGGCAGGAGCCUAUGUGCCGAUGGCCCAGCAGAUUGAGCAGUUUCAGAAACGCACUCCCAGCCGCUAUCACCUGCGCAGUCGGCAGAGCCAGGAAAGAGGACCAUCACCAGUGAAGGCUGAGAAGCCAAAAAUCACACACCCCAAAACGCCACAGCUACUGACUCGCCAGAGACAUCGUCCCACGAUGGUGAAAAGCACUGCAGAAAUUGAGGCUGAGGAAGCAGAAAAAAUGCAGCAGUUUAAGUUCAAAGCUCUAGAACUCAACAGAAAGAUUCUAGAAGGGGCUUUGGUUCCUAAAAAGCCGGAAAGUAAAGAAGUUACCAAGCCUGAGGGCUUCCAGCUGGAGAUUGAGAAGCGACUUCAGGAGCGGCAGGCCAGUAAGAAGCCUGAGGAAAAAGAGGACCACACAUUCCAUCCCAGACCGCUACCAACUCGAAUUCUGGAGGAAGUCGUGGGUGUCCCAGAGAAGAAAGUUCUAAAUCCGACUGUUCCAGAAUCACCUGCAUUUGCUCUUAAAAACCGUGUGCGAAUUGAAAAGAAAAAAGAAGAGGAGAAGCCUCCUGCUCCAAUUAAGGCACAUGCUGUGCCCCACUUCCUGCCCUUCCAACCCAAACUGCCAGUCAAGAGCCAGGUAGAAAUGUGCCCUUUCUCAUUUGAGGAACGUGAGCGUGAACGAAGGGUCAUGAAGGAGAAGAAGCUGGAGGAAAUGAGAAAUGAAGAGGUACCCAAGUUUAAGGCCCAACCCCUUCCUGACUUCCAUGAAGUGCACCUCCCUGAGAAAAAGGUAGUAGAGCCCACCAAACCUGCUCCUUUCAAGCUGAUGAUUGAUGAACGAGGAGCGUCAAAGGGUGAACGCUGGGAACAGAUGAUGAAAGAGGAGUUGAAACGACAGGCUGAAGCCGCAUGUUUUAAGGCACGGCCAAACAAUGUAAUGCACAAAGAACCAUUUAUACCGAAAAAAGAGAAUCGCUCCAUCUUGGUUCCAGAGGGCUUCCAGUUGGCCACAGAACGGAGAGCCAAGGAACGAAUGGAGUUCGAAAAGGAGUUGAGUGAAAAGGAGGCAAUGAAGGCUCGUAUGGAAGAGGAGCGGGCCAGAGAACGAGAGGAGCAGGAAAGGGAGGAGACUGCAAGGCUACGGCAGGAACAGGUGCGCAAGGCCCAGCCAAUCAGACGCUACAAGCCUAUGGAGUUGAAAAAGAGUGACGUGUCUCUCACAGUGCCCCAAUCUCCAAACUUUUCAGAUCGCUUCCGCAUGUGAAUGCAUAACGCAUCAUUGCAAUGACUUAAUUCCACAUGGUUCUCUUAAUGUGUUUUGCUCUUUCUUGUUUUAUAUUUUUCUGUGAUGUCUGAAAAUUUAGACUAGUUUUUAUCUGUCUGUGGCUGAUGCAUAAGGACCUAUUGUGGUCAAGUAAAAAAUUUUACAGUUGGGUGUGAUGACUCCCUCAGCUAAAUUUGUUCAAACUCUCAUGUGUAUAUGAAAACUUUUUAGUUUUUUUUUUUUUUUUUUUUUAUA